AUGGCGCCGCGCCCAUUCUCAUGGUGUGCCUGCGGCAACUGGACGUACAACUUCCGCCUGCUGCACAACGGCGGAUUCUGUGGCAAGUGCGGGGAGCAGGUCACACUCUUCAAGCCUGACGCUGCAGCGGCGAAAGGCAACGGCAAAGGUAAGAAAGGCAUCCACAGUUACAAAGGCGGCAAGGGCGAGGACAAGUCGGCGUGGCACUUCGGCAGUGGCAAAGGCACGCACCCGUGGUCCAAGGAGCCUGACAUCUCGCAGAUGCUCAGCAUCCUAUCGAAUGUCCCCGCCCUCGCUGAGCACGCCGACGUCUUCCGCCAGGCGGACAGCUCCUUCAAGGCGAGCAAGGCAAAGCCGGUAUCGCCCAACCAGGAGGUCUACCGCUGCAGCCAGACCCUGGAGAAGAAGGAGAUGGCUCUUCAGAAGGCCUCGGCAGACGUCAUCAAGCUGGAGACGGCACUCCAGGAGGCCAAGCUGUGGCUCCGCCAGACGGCGGAGGAGGCCCUCUCCGCGAAGCGGGCCCACACGCUGGCGGUCAAGGCCCUCGCCGACUCCACGGGCGCCGCCAAGACGCAGGACGGCUACACCGCGGACGGCAAGAAGAUCUACCUCGCGAUGGAUGAGUUCGACUUCGCUACCAGCGAUGAGUUCGACGACGCGCAGAAGGCCCAGCUCAAGGCCAUCCAGAAGCAGGUGGAGGAGCACUGCAAGAAGGUGGAGGACCUCCAGAAGACCAUGCAGGAGGCGCUCAAGAGCGUCAAGGAGAUCCGAGCUGCCCCUGCGAAGCGGCAACGUGGUCAGGACGGUCCCGUCCCUGGUCCUGGCGCAGCAGAAGCUGAAGGCCCCGACGAAGACCAGGCACAUGCUGCGGAGGACGGCCCCACCAUCGCAGUCUCAGAGAGCGACAUCGCCGCCAAGAUCGCGAGCGCCAGGGAGGCCACGCUGGCCAGCAUGGGCGACUUCCCUCCCCUGGGCACUGGCAAUGGCCUCUCCUGCAGUCGGGCCCCCGUUCCAGAGAAUUACGAUGCGACGUACUUCUUCUCGAACAUCUCGGAGUGGGGCCCGCGGGCGGAGGGGUUCAUGAAAGCCCAGGCGGAGCAGUACGACGUCAUAGGAUUCGCGGAGAUGCACAUGCGAGGCGUGAAGGUCCUAGACUUCACAGAGAAGAUCAGCAAAGACGGAUGGAAGGCCGCCGUCACCGCCGCAGCACCGUCGGGCAGGGCAGCUGAAGGUACGACGGGCGGCGAAGCCAUCAUAUCCAAGCGUUCACUGGCCACCACGACGUUCGAGGGGUGGCGCAAACACGAGAUCGAACGGUCUGCAGUCGACCCCUUUCAAGGAUUUUGCCAUACGACAUGGCACACGAAGGCUGGCAACAUCGUCGUCAUCUCCGCGUACAUGCAGCCGAAGCACGGCUUCAAGGGCCCCAACGAAGCGGACCCGAACAGCAAGCGCCAGAAGUUGCUAGCCGAGCGGCACCAGCGGGCAAAGGCCAGACUCCAGGAGGAGCUACAGGACGCAUACGAGGAGCUCCACAGCUGGCCAACCACGCAGGACACACACAGCAACGACUCGAUCACCUUCGAUAUACCGAUUGAGGUGCGGCACUCGGCAGCAGCUACGGUGGCAGGACUGGCAGAGGACAAGGGCAAACACGUGAGGAUGGAGUCGAACGACGGCCAGGACAACUACCCCUCCUCCCACUUCCUGCUGACCCGUGACAUUGAGGCGCAGAAGAAGGUUGCCAAGGCGUUCGGCGACUGGGUGCAGACAGUGGAGAAGGCCACGCUCAAGCACCACAACAUUCCCGAGUCCGAUUGGAAAAAGUAUGAAGGCAGGGCCAGAGAGCAUGGGAUCACUUGGCGAAGAACCCGUGCUACACCAGCCCGUACACACAUGCGGGACCCAAUCGUGGAAUGGUGGCAUCUGGCAACGACGAUUAUUCCCAGAUAUCAGCGAAUGAGGCGCAAGUUCGCAGAGCAGGACUACAAGCGCAUGGCAAUAAAAAUGCAGGAGCUGCUACACAUUGCCACCGAGAACAACUUCUUUGACAAGUACAACGACCCAGAGGACAAGAGGACCCUGGAGGAGUGGACUAAGGCCAUCACCGACUUAGACGGGCAGAACAUCGACUCGCUGCAGGCCCUACUGGAGUUCGGCCUGAGGUUUCAAGCCCGCGCGGUGGGUACUGGACUCGCCAACGGCAGGCGGGCGUUUGCAAGCUGGGUCACACGCAUGUGGAAGCAGGCUCCAGGUGCGUUACACCGACAUGUGAAGCCAGCUACUACUCGACGAGACGAGCACUUCAGUGACGAGGGCAACACCUAUGCCACACCCUGCGAGAUCAUGGACCGCAGAGCUGACUUCUGGGAGAACAUCUGGUCCGACCCCAGCUCCGACCACAAGAGUAUCCUCGACGGCCUCAAGUUUGUCACGGAGCAAGCCAAGAGGGAGGACGUGCACCCGAUCGAGCUGGAGCACCUGGACCACCUGCUGGCGAAGCAGAACCCGAAGAAGGCCAGAGGAGUCGACAACCUCGGCCCGCUGGAGGUGCAACGACUCCCAGAGCCAGGACGGAGGCAGAUGGUGGAGCUCCUCAAUCUCUGCGAGAACCACCUCAUGUGGCCUCAUCAGAUUUUCACG